UUAACGAAUAAAAAUAUUGUACCUACAAAUUGAAUAAUUUAAUAAAUUGGCAUGGAGGAUGAGCAACGGCUGUAAAUCGUAAUUGAUUACGUACUAGCCACUAGCCACCUAUUUACUAUUUACGUGAUGACUGAGUGACGGUCAAUAGGUCGUUUUUCAGGAAGUAAACCGUGAAGUACAUAAUUAAUGUAGUCAAUGUACUAUUGUCUAUUAAUGGAUUAUACGCUGCAGCAGCUGCUUGUUCGCUAAGGUCCUUUCGUGCGAUAAGAUCGUCUGAUAGCGAACCGUUUCAACGUAUACUAUUGGUCCAAACUCGCGUUUCCUCUUCGUCGACUACUUCUGGAUUCAGAGAUCGGUGGUCAAACGGCAAUGGUCUAUCUACACUUAAUUCUCUAGCCAAACGUCGAUCAAUCGCUACAAUAAUUUCUUUACUCGGUUCGUAUCAACUCAUUUAAUCGUCGCAAAUCAUGGCCCGCGUUUUGGUCGGCGUGAAGCGCGUAAUCGAUUAUGCUGUGAAAAUCCGCGUUAAGCCCGACAAGUCGGGAGUCGUCACCGACGGCGUCAAGCACGGCCUGAACCCGUUCGACGAGAUCGCCGUCGAGGAGGCCGUCCGCCUCAAGGAGAAGAAAAUCGCGUCCGAGGUGAUCGCCGUGUCGUGUGGCUUGCCACAGGCCCAGGAAUCGCUACGCACCGCUCUCGCGAUGGGCGCUGACCGUGCCGUCCAUGUCGAAGUGCCACAGGCCCAGUACGACACUCUGUUGCCGCUGCACGUGUCCAAGAUUUUGGCCAAAGUGGCGGUGGACGAGAAAGUGGACAUCGUCGUUGUCGGCAAACAGGCGAUCGACGACGAUUCUAACCAGACUGCCCAGAUGACGGCGGCCCUGUUGGGUUGGCCACAGGCCACGUUCGCGUCCGAGGUGACCGUGUCGGACGGCAAUGUGCUGGUGAAGCGCGAGGUGGACGGUGGCUUGGAAACGGUCAGGGUCAAGUUGCCAGCCGUCAUUAGCGCCGACUUGCGACUUAACGAACCGCGGUAUGCCACGCUGCCCAACAUUAUGAAGGCCAAGAAAAAGCCCAUCAAAAAGCUUUCAGCCGCAGACGUCGGUGUGGACUUGGCUCCGCGUCAACAGGUGUUGAGCGUAGAAGAUCCGCCUACCAGACAGGCAGGAUCUAUCGUGCCUGAUGUCGACACUCUUAUCACCAAGUUAAAAGAAAAGGGUCAUUUGUAAUGUGAUGUUGACGUGAAGACACUAUUAUUUUAGUUAUAUAAAUUUCUUUUUGUGAUUUACAGCUGUUACAAAUAUUUUUUUCAAAAACAUAUAUAUUUUUUCUUGUAAUUUAAAAGAUAAAAUAUUAAUACCAUGAACAAUGUAAUGGCAGUCUUUUUAUAUUUUGGAGAAUUCAUCGACAUAAUGUUAUAAAUAUUUUUACCAAUUUAUUGUUGUUUGUUAGUAAAUAAUAUAAUAUAUAUUUACUCAUAA